AUGGCGGACGAGCAGGAGCUACUUCGUGCGGCGCAGGAGCUCUCCCAGUUUGCGGGACACCUCAAGCCAACUCCCCCUCUGUUCGGGAGCAGAGCCCCUGCAGUUCCGGAAUCUCCCCUUCCGUCGACGGCAGCGUCGCAAGCCGAAGAGCCGGCGACCACGGACAUGGACACCACGGCGAGGGACAAGAGGGCGGAGACGGACGCACAGGAUCUCGAAAAGGAGGAGCCACCCUCCAAAUGGCAAAAAGCAAUGGGCAAAGGAGAGGGCAGCAAGGAGCAAGCCCCGGAGCCUCCGGCAACGGACCGCCCUCGUCGAAGUCCUCAGCGAGGCCAGGCAAGUCAGCCAAACAAUCCCAAGCCUUACAACAGGCGGGACUGGGGUCAUACUUCCCGGUACGGCGACCGCCCAUGGUGGAUGCAGGACAGCGAGCUCGACAACAAGAAGGAGAAAGAGCUCCGAGAGCUCAUGAAGGAGCUCGUGAGGCUUGUGCUCCGCCAAGCGGACACGAUAGCCUACCUGCAGAUGGACUUGGGCUUCAUGGUCUUCUUGAAGACAACCAUGCAGCCCCAGAUGCCGGAAGGCGAAGCGGACACGGCCUCCACAGGGCAAUGGGCCAUAGUCCAGAACCUGUUUCAAGCGGCCGAAGCGUGGCACGACAAGAAGCAGAACGACCCGGGCAGCCUGAAUGCCACCCUCCGCACGACCCUCAUGUACUGUCUGGUUGGAACGCUCCUGGAGCGAGUGGAGGCUUUGGAAGACAAGCCCCAGGAUGUCCUGAGGCUCGAGAAGCUUGGCCUAGUGGAGGACGGAAAGUUUCUCUAUCUUCGCUGGAACCAGACAACGAAGAAACACGAGAAGUCCGAGCAGGAGCACAUGCCGAUUGCCCAGGCCAAAGUCUAUUUGGCACAGAUCAAGCAGAACUUGAUCUUUCCCAAGGUCAUAUUGAGGUUUCAUGCUCUACGGCGAUUAACCUCCAACAUGACCUCCGACAUCGUCCCCUUCACUCUCGAGAUCCACAACAGGUGCCAGGAGAGUCAAACCACAUACCUGGCUCUGGAAAGACUGAGCUUCAGCUCGGUAUGGCACCUAAUUGGAGGGACAGUCCGACCAGCCAAACUUGGCCGUGGCCCACUGGAGCGCUCCGUAGAGGAGGCUGAUUUCGAUUCCGCGCCGCCUGAUGUUGGGCUCCGGCUCGCACUGCAACAGGUGUUAACUCGAGCAGGCCAGCAGGACGCUGCGGAGUUUUUGCAAUUCCUGAGUCCGAAGCUUAUAGCAUUCAGCAGCGCCUGGGAAGCCCGCAUUCCUCCCACCUCACCGGAGCUUCCCUCUGAGGUUGUUGAUGCCGGUACGAUGACACCACUGCCGCUCACCGCUAGCACAGGCAUCCGGUGCCUGACUGAUGACAAUCGCAAGGCACAGCAGGCCAAAGCCUAUUUGGCACAGAUCAAGCAGAACUUGAUCUUUCCCAAGGUCAUAUUGAGGUCUCAUGCCCUACGGCGAUUAACCUCCAACAUGACCUCCGACAUCGUCCCCUUCACUCUCGAGAUCCACAACAG